CCCGGCUCCCGGUGCCCGCAUCCUGCCGGCGGGCUCCCGCUCGCCCGGACUAUGAGGAGAGGGGCCGGCCGGGGGGUGGCGGCGGUCCCGGUGCGACGGGAGUGGGUGCGGGGGAACCGCCGCCACCGGCCGGGUCAUGCCCGUGCGCCCGGGGCGGCGGGGCUGCUGGCUGCGGCGGGAUGGGCGCGCUCCGGACCGGCGCCCGAGCCUUCCUCCUCCUCCUCCUCGGCUGCCUCCCUCCCCGGCGUGGCCCGCUCAGGCUGGUCUCAGGGAGGGAGGAGAUCAAAUCCCACUCCCGCAGUGCACCCCAGCCCAUGUCACCCUCUGAUUUCCUGGACAAGCUCAUGGGACGAACGUCGGGGUAUGAUGCCCGGAUCCGACCCAACUUCAAAGGUCCGCCCGUCAACGUGACGUGCAACAUCUUCAUCAACAGCUUUGGCUCCGUCACCGAGACGACUAUGGAUUACCGUGUGAACAUCUUUUUGCGGCAGCAGUGGAACGAUCCGCGGCUGGCUUACAAUGAAUACCCAGAUGACUCCCUGGACCUGGACCCUUCUAUGCUAGACUCCAUCUGGAAGCCUGACUUGUUCUUUGCAAAUGAGAAAGGGGCCCAUUUCCAUGAGAUUACUACAGACAACAAGCUGCUGCGCAUCUUCAAGAACGGCAACGUGCUCUACAGCAUCAGGCUGACGCUGAUCCUGGCCUGCCCCAUGGACCUGAAGAACUUCCCCAUGGACAUCCAGACAUGCACGAUGCAGCUGGAGAGUUUUGGCUACACCAUGAACGACCUCAUCUUUGAGUGGCUGGAGGAGCAGGAGGCCGUGCAGGUGGCAGAGGGCUUGACGCUGCCACAGUUCAUCCUCAGGGACGAGAAGGACCUGGGCUACUGCACCAAGUACUACAACACAGGCAAAUUCACCUGCAUUGAGGUGAAGUUCCACCUGGAGCGGCAGAUGGGUUAUUACUUGAUCCAGAUGUACAUCCCCAGCCUGCUCAUCGUCAUUCUCUCCUGGGUCUCCUUCUGGAUCAACAUGGAUGCAGCACCAGCACGGGUGGGCUUGGGCAUCACCACUGUGCUCACUAUGACCACUCAGAGCUCUGGUUCCCGAGCAUCACUGCCCAAGGUGUCCUAUGUGAAGGCUAUUGACAUCUGGAUGGCCGUGUGCCUGCUGUUUGUGUUCUCUGCACUUCUGGAAUAUGCAGCUGUCAACUUUGUGUCACGGCAGCACAAGGAGUUCAUGCGCCUGAGGCGGCGGCAGCGGAGGCAGAGGAUGGAGGAAGAGCUGAUCCGUGAAAGUCGCUUCUACUUCCGAGGCUAUGGGCUGGGCCACUGCCUGCAGGCAAAGGAAGGGGCUGGGGAGGGUCCUGGAAUCUACAGCCCCCCCCCACCCAGUGCACUGCUGCGGGAAGGGGAGACCCUGCACAAGCGUUACAUAGACCGUGCCAAGCGCAUCGACACCAUCUCCCGAGCCGUCUUCCCCUUCACCUUCCUGGUCUUCAAUAUCUUCUAUUGGGUUGUCUACAAAGUGCUGCGCUCAGAGGACAUCCACCCUGUGCCCUGAGGCCCACAAAAAAGCCCAAGGACCUCAUGGAUGGAUGCUGCCAUGUGCUUGGAGGCAUUGAGCCAUGGACAGCAGUGAGCCAGGCAAGGGGCUGUGCUCCUCUGUCCCUGCACAGCCCACAGCUCCGUGGCGGGAGAUGGGCAGCCCCAGCCUUGCUGACCCCAUCCCCUGGCUUCUCCCUCAGCCCCAGGUGUAUGUCCCUGGGUGCGCUCACUCCAUCUGCUCCUCCACCGGAGAGGAGAGCCUCUGAACCCUCAGUUUAAAAACUCAGCAAGGCUUCCAGACCUCCUGACUUGGAUAUCCUCCAUGCUUAGCAGGAAAUAAAAGCAGUAGUUGACGCUGAUGUAGGUCCUACAGAGAUAA